GCUUAGUCACAGCCCCCUCGCUUUGGGUGUGUCCUUCGCGCGCUCCCUCCCUCUUAGGUCACUCUUUCAAAGCCUGGAAUAAAAACGGCAGCCAACUUCCGAGGCGGCCUCAUUGCCCAGCGGCCCCCAGCCUGUGACAGGUUCCAUCCAUCCUCCUUGCCCCUGCUCCCUGCGACCCUUUUUAAGAGGCGACUAGAUUCCUCGGUUCUAUGCCGCACACCAUGGACAAGUUUUGGUGGCACGCAGCUUGGGGACUCUGCCUCUUGCCGCUGAGCCUGGCGCAGCAGCAGAUCGAUUUGAACAUAACCUGCCGCUAUGCAGGUGUAUUCCACGUGGAGAAAAAUGGCCGCUACAGCAUCUCACGGACUGAGGCAGCUGACCUCUGCCAAGCUUUCAACAGCACUCUGCCCACCAUGGACCAGAUGGUGAUGGCCCUGAGCAAGGGCUUUGAAACAUGCAGGUAUGGGUUCAUAGAAGGCCACGUGGUGAUCCCGAGGAUCCAGCCCAAUGCCAUCUGUGCAGCCAACCACACUGGGGUGUAUAUCCUCACAUCCAACACCUCCCACUACGAUACAUAUUGCUUCAAUGCCUCAGCACCCCUUGAAGAAGACUGUACAUCUGUCACAGACCUGCCCAAUUCCUUCGAAGGACCAGUUACCAUAACUAUUGUCAACCGUGAUGGUACCCGCUACAGCAAGAAGGGCGAGUAUAGAACACACCAAGAAGACAUUGAUGCCUCAAAUACCACAGAUGAUGAUGUCAGCAGCGGAUCCUCCAGUGAGAAGAGCACCUCAGGGGGCUAUGUUUUCCACACCUACCUUCCCACUAUACACUCAACUGCAGACCAGGAUGAUCCCUACUUCAUCGGGAGCACCAUGGCCACCAUUGCCUCAGCUGUGCACUCAAACAGCCAUGCAGCAGCUCAGAAACAAAAUAAUUGGAUAUGGUUUUGGUUUGGUAAUUCACAAUCCACGACUCAGACUCAGGAGCCCACAACGACAGCAACUACAGCCUUGAUGACCACCCCUGAAACACCGCCCAAGAGGCAAGAAGCCCAGGACUGGUUUUCAUGGUUCUUUCAACCAUCAGAGUCCAAGAGUCAUCUUCAUACAACAACGAAGAUGCCUGGUACGGAGUCAAAUACCAAUCCAACAGGCCGGGAGCCAAAUGAGGAAAAUGAAGAUGAAACAGACAAAUACCCCAGUUUUUCUGGAUCAGGCAUUGAUGAUGAUGAAGAUUUUAUCUCCAGCACCAUUUCAUCCACUCCACGGGUUUCUGAUCACACAAAACAGAACCAAGACUGGAUCCAUUGGAAGCCAAACCAUUCAAACCCAGAAGCACUACCUCAGACAACCACUGGGAUGACUGAUGUAGACAGAAACAGCACUAUUGCUCAUGGAGAGAACUCCACCCAGGACGCACAGCCUCCUUUCAAUCACCAUGAAUAUCAGGAUGAAGAGGAGAUCCCACGUGCUACAAGUACAACCUGGGCAGCUCCUAGUAGUACAGCAGAAGAAGCAGCUACUCAGCAGGAGCAGUGGUUUGAGAAUGGAUGGCAGGGGAAGUACUCCCCCACACCAACUGAAGACUCUCAUGUGACAGCAGGGGCAACUGCAUCAGCCCACAGCAACCAUCCAAGUCAAAGAAUGACAACCCAGAGUCAAGAGAGCGUCUCCUGGACUGAGUUCCUCGACCCAGUUUCACAUCCAAUGGGACAAGAUCAUCAAACAGAAAGGAAGGAUACAGAGUCCAGUCAUAGUACAACCCUUCAGCCUACUGCAGCUCAAAAUACCCAUUUGGUGGAAGACUUGGACAGGACAGGACCACUUUCAGUGACAACUCCACAGAGUCAUUCUCAGAACUUUACAUCACAUGAAGAACUGGAAGAAGACAAAAACCACCCAACAACUUCUGUUCUGCCAUCUAGCACUAGGAGUGGUGGUAAAGACGGAAGAAGAGGUGGAGGCCUCCCCAAAGACGCAACUACUUCUCUGGAAGGCUACACCACUCAUUACCCAGAAACAAUGGAAAAUGGGACUCUCACCCCAGUGACUCCUGCAAAGACUGGGGUCUUUGGAGAAACUGAAGUGACUGUUGCUGAAGACUCCAACUUUAAUGUUGAUGGCUCCUUACCAGGAGACCAAGACUCAUCCAUGGAUCCCAGGGGGAAUUCCCUCACUGUGACUGAUGGAUCCAAAUUAACUGGACACUCAAGUGGGAAUCAAGACAGUGGGGCAAACACAACUUCUCGUCCUGGGAGGAAACCUCAGAUUCCAGAAUGGCUCAUCGUCUUGGCAUCUCUCCUGGCGCUGGCUCUGAUUCUUGCUGUUUGCAUUGCUGUCAACAGUAGGAGAAGGUGUGGACAGAAGAAAAAGCUGGUGAUCAACAGUGGCAAUGGAAAGGUGGAGGACAGGAAGCCAAGUGAGCUCAACGGGGAGGCCAGCAAGUCUCAGGAAAUGGUGCAUUUGGUGAACAAGGAACCAUCAGAGACUCCUGACCAGUUUAUGACAGCUGAUGAGACCCGGAAUCUGCAGAAUGUGGACAUGAAGAUUGGGGUGUAGUGCCUAUACCAGCAAUUUGGAAAGACACCAAAAUCGCAGACUUGUCAAUACUGGGAGCUGGGACCCUUAACAGAUGCAAUGUGCUACUGAUUAUUUUUAUUGGGGGUAGUUUCUGUGUAAAAUUUCUAUUCCUUUUUCAUUUUGUUAAUAGUCCAUUCCAAUUUAUAAAAACCAGCAUUGCUUUCUGAAAUGAGGGCCCAAAGAAUAUUCCAUUAAGAUUUUGACUCUUCCAGCUCCUUCCUAGAGGUCUUGCAUUCCCAAGGGAUGCUAUGGACGGCUUCGAUCAAAUGCAUAUUCUUGGUCCCUAUUGAAUCUUUUCCCUAAACUAAGUCCCAAGUAACAGUCACCAGCCAGGGACUUACCCCAGGGCUUAGAGGUAUUGGUCUCUGGGAGGAAAUUUGAAUGGGUCCAUAUUGCCUCUCCACAAGUCCAGUCCUUGGGUAUUGUUUUCCAGUUGGGUGGGAGAUCAGGUGUACUGGUUACACACCUUUUUAUAGACUCCCCUUUCUGCUGGAAAAUUUUCAGAUGCUUCUGAGAGAUCCCCAAAGGGUGAAGCUAUUUAUCUGUAGUAAGCUAUUUAUCUUUGUUUUUGAAAUAUCAAACCCUGGAGGUCCUUUGUGCAGUAUGACUUUUGACUUUUUUUUAGGUUACUUUGUCAGAAGCAUAACAGGGUAUAAGUUGAUUCAUAAUAAACACCUGUCAAUCUUCCAUCUUAACCUGUUGUUGUGCUGUGAUCCUUCAGUUUCUAAACCAGCAAGGUUUGAGUCUUCAUAGCACAUCAGGAUGACUUUAGAACGGUCCUCCUAAACUGGUGCCAGACUACCUAUGCCCAACUCAGGUUCAUCUGGCUGAAUCUCCUAAAAGAUCAAGGAAAGAAGCACUGUUCUGUACCUAGGGCUAUGAAAGGGGUUUCUCUCCUGUUCUGGAGUCUGGAUUGUGAGCAGGAGAGCUUUGGUCAUCUUUGUGCUAUGGCCACCCUUUUCUCUUCCUUAAAGGGAACAUUACGUUUCUAUGUCCUUCUAUUUCAUAGAAACUGAUCCUAGUAGUGGUUUUCACAGAACAGCAUGGUGCGUGCUUGUGACACCUUACAAUAAAAGGAGAAGCCAACAGAAAUUAAAGUGCACAAACAAGCAGUAGAUUGGCAUAAGGAGGGUGUGGUGCACAACCCAUCCCACUAUUUCCAUGGAUGUGUUUGUUGAUAUUUUCACAAACCAGUUGGUCCUCAGAGUGAGGUGCCUGGGAAUCUCCCAGAAAGCCUCAGGGCUGCCCACUACUGGAAUCUCAUCACCAGAUAAGCAGGCUUAUGGUUUAGCCAAGGGAGAAUGGUGUUACCCUCUAACCUCAUUUUUUUAACGUAGUAGGUAAGUGUUUGGUGGCAUUUAUCCAUCUGCCAGAAUGUCCCAUUGCUCCUGGAUCUUCCCUGGUUACUUGUAGAAGAAAUUAAAUCUAUAAAGUAAGGCUUUCUGUAAGAUGAGACUUCCUUCCUAAGUCUCCCAUGAUGUUACUGUUGAUAAAUUUAUAUGUUUAAUAUUUUUUCAAAUAAAAAAACAAGAGAAAAGUUUAUCACCUAAAUUGGGUUUGAGUUUAUAUCAAAAGGCUUUAUUUAAGGAAAUACACAGACUUCCCUAUUCAUAUCUCCCCAAUUACUUGGCUCCCACAGAUUUUCUUUUACUUCCUCUGUGAAUGCUAUUAGUCAGUGCCAUAUUUACACAGCUAGUUUUCUUCUUCUUUUCCAGUUGAAAUACACACUAGGUGCCCAUUUGUUCUUCCCCACUGGUGUUAGAAUGUCCCCGUCCUUAUAGCUGUCCUGGCCUACCACACCCACAACAGGCUCUUUAACCUGUAUGCAGCGAACCACUCUGGAAUUGGGUAUAAAGGGUAUAAAAGACUCUGACAAGCUCUCCUUGAUACCUAGAUACCCUUUAUAGGAACAAGGAGAGCCAUGUAAGCCUCAGAACCAGAGAUGAUUCUCUACCCAUUCUAGAUAUGCCCACCAAUUGGAUUGGGGUAGGAUAUUACUUGCCAUGAUGAGUAUGAUUAUGGUAGCAUAAUCUGACUUUGUGUUACUCCUACCAAUGACUUGCCAGGUGAUAUAGACCAAGUCAUUGAACUAGGAGUUUGUUAAUAAAAAUUAGGGGCUGGCAUUUAGUGAUUUUUGUAAAGUAACAUGAGCACUUCAGAUGUCAUUUUUACCAGAAAUUGUGAAUUUGUCAUGUAUCCUGAAGGCUUCUUUUUAAGAAAAAAGCUUUACAUUGACAUCCAUAACACCAAGAACUGGCUUUGUAGCCAACAUCCAUUCAUGAGUGUAGCAACAGAGUAGAAGAUAGAACCACCUUCUUUGGGAAUUAAAAGGUUCCUAAGAAUACGAAUCGACCACUUCGUGUAAAUCUCCUGUGAUGACUUUUCAAAUACAGUCAAUUGUUAAUGUAUGUACAAUGACUUUUGCUAUGGUUCCUUUGAUUUUUCAGAGACCACCCUCCCUUUCUCUGUUUUUUUUGUAUAUUUAUUGAUUGACCAAUAAUAAUGAGAAAAGCAUAAUGUAUAUAUUGCCCAACUGAAAGUGUGUAUUGGAAAAUAUUAAAAGGCCAUACGAAAUGGAA